AUGAGGCGCUUGGUGUUGGACAGGUCACGGUGGACCACGCAUCCCUUUUUCGCCUUUGUUGUCCUCACCAUCGCCUGCGGGAGUAUACCCAAAGGCUACGAUGAGGGCGGAUACAGCGCUUCGAUGCGCCUGGACUCCUUUAAAACGGAUUUCAACCUCCUAUCUUCGAAUUGGACAAACAACAUGACCGGAUUGGCCAAUCGCAGGGCGAACAUAGCAUCCUUUAAUGUUCUGGGAGCGGCCCUAGGAGCUUUGAUCUCUCUGGAUUUGAACGACCGUCUGGGAAGGUUACGGUCAUGGCGGUUAGCUUGCCUUGUCUGGGCGUCUGGCACAUUCAUCCAAGUGUUUGCUUCCGGCAUCUAUGGGCUGUUGCUUUUUGCUCGAAUAUGGGGCGGGCUUGGUGCGGGAGGGUUGACUGUUGUGACACCUCUAUAUCUGUCUGAGAUUGCACCCGCACGGACGAGAGGUCUGGUUGUCAGUAUCUACAUGGUUGUCCUGUUGGCAGUGUUGGCUCUAGGCUUCUUCAUCAACUACGCCGCCAGCAUCCACAUGUCCUCAACACCAACGCAAUACCGGUUGGUACAAUCGAUACCACUCAUACCUGUCGGGGUCGCCUUCAUCGCCUCAUUUUCCCUCCCCGAAACUCCUCGCUACCUCAUCUCUCAACACCAAUCAGACAAAGGCCGACUUGUCCUCGCACGUCUCCGUGGAAAGGACGUUACUUGUGCAGAGAUCAAAGACGAAUUCAGCGUCUUGACCAUGCAAGUACGUCAGAAAGAGGCUGGCAACACCUCGUCUUCCUCUAUACUCUCCAACUGGACCGCACUGAAAGAGACUCAAUCAAACCCCAACUACCGCCAGCGAUUCUGGCUCCUUAUGGCCAUGCAGACGAUCGGGCAAUGGACCGGUGGCAACGGCAUAACAUAUUACGUCUCUAGUAUUUUUGAGUCCGCCGGCAUUACGGGCAAUGCCACUUCCCUCGUAUCCUCUGGUGCCUACGGAAUUGUCAAGCUUGUUUUCACCAUGGCUUUUACAUGGGGGUUAAUUGACUAUCUCGGCCGUCGACGCUGCGCACUCCUAGGCCUGUCCCUCCAACUAGCAGCACACAUCUACCUUGCCAGCUACAUGGGUGUCUUCCGGCCGUCGGACUCGAAUGAAUCGGUCAACAAAUCCGCUUCCGACGCUGCCAUAGCCUCAAUCUUCAUCUACGCCGUCGGCUGGUCCGUCGGCCUCUGCACCAUCCCGUACCUAUAUGGCACUGAGAUUUUCCCCACGCGCAUCCGAAACGUCAGUUAUGCAGUUAGUAUGUCGCUGCACUGGUUCUUCCAGUUUGCUGUUGUGCGAGUGACGCCAAACAUGUUUGUCUCGCUGCAUGAUUGGGGCGCAUAUCUCUUUUGGGCAGCGGUUUGCUUCGUUGGCCUGAUCGUACUCGGUAUCUGGAUGCCGGAGACCAAGGGAGUCCCUAUUGAGCGGAUGGGAGAGCUUUUCGACGGACCCUGGUAUUUGCGAUGGCGCGCACGUAUCAAACAGGAUGAGGUUGAGGAUGAGCGUGAGAAACAUGGAUAA